AUGGCUGCCUCCACCAUGGCUCUCUCUUCUCCUUUUGCCGGACAGGCAGUGAAAGUAGCUCCAUCUGGUUCUGAGCUUUUUGGGAAUGGACGUGUUUCUAUGAGGAAGGCUACAGUCAAGCAGGUUGCAUCUGGAAGCCCAUGGUAUGGCCCAGACCGUGUCAAGUACUUGGGUCCAUUCUCCGGUGAGUCCCCAAGCUACCUUACAGGCGAAUUCCCCGGCGACUAUGGCUGGGACACUGCCGGACUUUCUGCCGAUCCAGAAACCUUUGCCAAGAACCGUGAACUUGAAGUGAUCCAUUGCAGGUGGGCCAUGCUUGGAGCUCUAGGAUGUGUCUUCCCUGAGCUUUUAGCCAGAAAUGGUGUCAACUUCGGUGAGGCUGUCUGGUUCAAGGCUGGAUCUCAAAUCUUCAGUGAGGGUGGGCUUGACUACUUGGGCAACCCUAGUUUGGUUCAUGCCCAGAGUAUCUUGGCGAUUUGGGCUACCCAAGUGAUCUUGAUGGGUGCUGUUGAGGGUUACAGAAUUGGUGGUGGACCCCUCGGUGAGGUUGUUGACCCACUUUACCCUGGUGGAAGCUUCGACCCGUUGGGGCUUGCUGAUGAUCCAGAGGCUUUUGCGGAGCUGAAGGUGAAAGAAAUAAAGAAUGGUCGGCUAGCCAUGUUUUCCAUGUUUGGGUUCUUUGUUCAAGCCAUUGUUACCGGAAAGGGACCAUUGGAGAACUUGGCUGACCAUCUUGCUGACCCGGUUGCCAACAAUGCUUGGUCAUAUGCUACAAACUUUGUCCCCGGAAAGUGA